AUGAGCAAGAUUUAUGAACAAGCGACAAGAGUGAUUUGCUGGAUAGGCGUUGAUGAAGGGGUAGAAUUUCCUUCCGCUCACAAUAUCGAUACGACGGAAUUCGUUCCAUCCAUUGCGAUCAGGACUCUUCAAGCUCUCAGUCGGUCAGGUAGACGAUCAGACCAAAAAUUACCUACCACAGGACUACCCUAUUCGCUUUUGCCUUCAAGCCCAAGUCGCUCUCUGGAAUCAUUAUGUCGAUUGUUCUAUCGCCCAUACUGGAAACGACUUUGGAUCAUCCAAGAGUUGACUCUGGCCAAAGAGAUAUUGGUUCAGUGCGGCGAAUAUAAUUUCGAAUGGAAAGAUCUCACGCGAUGUUGUGAUAACCUAGAACAAAUCUCUGAACAUUGGUUGACUAUUCGAGACAAAAAAGUAUACAGAUUAGUCUGUAAAAUCAAGGAUAGUAUCCCAUGCCGGUUACACCGGCAAAGGAAGGAGAGACAAACGCACGGGGAGCAAGCACAUCCACUUCUUGAGCUCCUCUUUACAUACAGCGAAGCACAAUGCGAAGAUAUUCGUGAUAAAGUUUUCGGACUGCAUAGUCUUGCCCAUGACUGCUGUAAACGAGAAAUACCUGUCGACUAUGGAAUCUCGAUCCUGGAGAUAUGCUCAAGGGUUCUAAACCAUCAUUUUUCCGAGCACCAGUCACCGCUAUUUUACACAGCUAGGCAUACGACCGCGGCGCUACAUAGGCUUCUAAAAGCGCCCAGACCAGAUGAAUAUUUGCAGCGGAAAAUGCUAAAUUAUACAGCCAAAGCUACACUGAAAUUCAAUGGUACUCUAGAGGGCACCAUCUCAUGGCUAAGUCCCGCAUCUGAUGAUCUACCACUUACAGAAUGGGUUCUACCCCAUCAAGGCCAUGAAACGAUUAUCACAGAAGUCGCUCAGAUCCAUGAAAAAAUGAACGAAUUCGGAUUCACAAAAAAUCUAGACACAUACCGGCUCUCCCACAUCGGCCUUGCCAAAUAUAGCCGCGCAAUUCCACAAGGUAAUUCGUAUAUCGAACUAGACUCGCCCAUCACAAACAACAUUUCCAGCCCAAGCGAAAAGCCACCUUCAAGUUCUUCCAACCUCGGGAACAAACUCUUGGGCUUCGCAAGUAGCAAGAUACAACAAGCUAUCAAAUGGCGAGAUCUCGAUAUUAUGUUUCGUAAAAGCCUUGAUUGGACUCCAAUUAUUGGAGGAACGGGCAGUAAAAAUCGUGUGCGCAUAUCUAUUUCUAGUGAAAAUUUGCUGCAUUAUGUACCAGAUAAUGCAGGCACGGGUGAUCUGAUGUGUCAAAUUGAUGAUAGUGAUACGAUACUAAUAUUGAGAUGGGAUGCUAAUGGAAAGGAGGGGAAUGGUAGGUAUGUGGUUGUGGGAAGAGCAAGCGAGGUACCGCAUGCGGGGAGGAGGGAACAGGAAAUCUCGAGGUACGGAGCGAGGGAAAGGGUGAGAGUUUGGUUGGAUGCUCCGACGUUGCAACUGUUGAGUUGGGAGGAGGGCUAG